AUGAUGAAAAUUCGAGAAAACAAUCGUAUUCGUACUAUUGCGUUUGUUGGAUUGUUUUCAAUAAUGGAUCAAAAUCGAUCAAAAUUGAAACGAGUUCGUAGUGUGUGGGUGAAGGAAUAUCGGAGGCGUUUUGGUCAUUUGCCGUUAAUAUCGGAACUACGAGAAAAUUACCCAGACGUCUUUAAAAAUUAUUUACGGAUGGAUAGUGCAUGUUUUGAUAUGUUAUUAGCAUUAGUUGGUCCAAAAAUUUGUAAAACCGAUACAAUAAUGAGGAAAUGUAUAAGUGUAGAAGAACGUCUCACAGCAACACUUAGGUUUUUAAGAACAGGUGAUUCUUACCAAUCGAUUGCUUUCAGUUUUAGAUUGGGGCAUUCAACAGUGCAGUCAAUUGUAUUGGAAGUAUGCAGUGCAAUAAUCUUUAAAUUAAAGGAAGAGUAUCUUUCAAUUCCCAGUGAAGAAGAUUGGAAGCGAAUCGCUAAAGAAUUUUGGGAUAUUUGGAAUUUCCCCAAUUGCAUAGACGCAUUGGACGGAAAACAUGUGGUUAUCGAGGCACCUUCUUAUAGUGGAUCACUCUACUUUAACUACAAAAAAACCUUCUCGAUAGUAUUACUUGCUCUUGUGGAUGCUCAAUAUAAAUUUUUAGCCGUCGAUAUAGGAGCAUACGGAAAAAAUAGUGACGGAGGAAUUCUCUCGAAUUCAAAUUUAGGAAAAGCUUUAAAAAAAAAUAAAUUAAAUAUUCCGAAUGACCAAUACCUUCCAGAUGCUAAUGAAAAAUUGCCCCUAGUUAUAAUAGGAGACGAGGCUUUUCCGCUCAAAAAAUAUUUGCUAAGACCUUACCCAGGACCGCAAAUGUAUGAAGACCAGAAGAAAAAAAACUUUAAUGACCGUCUUUCAAGAGCACGUAAAGUUGUUGAGAACACUUUUGGUCAACUUACAGCAAAGUUUCGAAUUUAUUGUAGAAGACUGAAUGCAUUACCACGAAAUGCUGAUACCAUAGUGAUGACAACUUGUAUACUACACAAUUUUAUUAAAACAGGUGCCACCGAGGUUUAUAGUAAAGAAAUGUCAUCAGGUUUGUCUUUACCUGGACAUAUUACACGAUUACAUCGACAUGGGGGAAGUGCCCAAAAAGAAGCUUUUGAAAAUCGUGAUAAAUUCAAAAAUUUUCUGUGUUCACCAGCAAGAAAACUUCCUUGGGAAUAG